AUGGCAUGGGCGAACCAGAGCUACAACUCAGACUUUAUCCUGCUGGGCCUCUUUAAUAAAAGCCCCACCCACAUCUUCCUCUUUUCUCUGGUUUUGACCAUCUUUACAGUAGCUUUCCUUGGAAAUUCCAUCAUGGUUCUCAUCAUCUAUAUGGACAACCAGCUCCACACCCCCAUGUACUUCCUCCUUAGCCAGCUCUCCUUGAUGGACCUCACACUCAUCUCCACGACUGUUCCAAAGAUGGCCUUCAAUUACUUGUCUGGCAAGAGGUCUAUUUCUAUGGCUAGUUGUGGAAUACAGAUAUUCCUCUAUGUGUCCCUGCUUGGGGCAGAAUGUUUCCUAUUGGCUGCAAUGGCCUAUGACCGCUAUGUUGCCAUUUGCUACCCGUUACGUUACUCGGUUCUUAUGAGCCAGAGAAUCUGUGCCUUGAUGACAGUUUUUUCAUGGAUUCUUGGCUCGCUUGAUGGUGUCAUUGAAGUUGCAGUCACACUGUCUUUCUCAUAUUGUGGUGGUAGACAAAUACCCCAUUUUUUCUGCGAUGUCCCUGCCCUUCUCACUCUCUCAUGCACUAACACGUUGCUGUUUGAAAGAAUAAUAUUUAUUUGCUGUGUAAUUAUGCUCAUUUUCCCUGUAACAGUCAUCAUUGCUUCCUAUGUUCGGGUUAUUCUGGCUGUUAUUCUCAUGGGGUCUGGCGAGGGUCGCAGGAAAGCUUUUGCCACUUGUUCCUCCCAUCUCAUGGUGGUUGGGAUGUACUACGGAGCUGCCAUGUUCAUAUUCAUGAGACCCACUUCAAAUCGCUCCCCGACUCAGGACAAAAUGGUCUCAGCAUUCUAUACCAUCCUUACACCCAUGUUGAAUCCCCUCAUUUAUAGUCUGCGUAAUAAAGAAGUAGGCAGAGCAUUCAUGAAAAUGUUAAAGAAAUUUAGGACUGGGAAGUAA